AUGGAGAACGCAUUUUCCGUGCCCCAAACCCCGCAAACCCGGAGUCAAGAAAGCGUACCCGGUUUAUUUUCUGUCACCUCUAGAUUCUCGGAGCGUAGACAGAAAGAUGCAAUGGCGACCUCACCUCACGGUUGCAGAAGCACACGGACUUUGAUCUCGACUAGGGCGUCAAUCUCACCGUUCUUGGCGUUCUCGACGAGAUCUCUUGUCCUGUCUUGGCUUUUCCCAAAUUCCCCGAGAUAA